GGGAUAGGAGAUUACCGGCUGUGUCUGAGGACCGGGGAGUGUAACACCGGCUGACUCCGAGGCUGUCCUCCUCUCCCAGGGCUAUCUAACAGCUCACAUCUUCCAACGGAGCCGCCGAUCCGCCAUCGGAGUCACUGGGCCUAGCGGAGCGCAGACACUGCUAAUAUCCUGCAUUAUGGAGUGUGACAUGCUGGAGAAUGACGUGUUGGAAUCACUGGAAGACCUGGGCUAUAAAGGUUCACUAAUGGAUGAAGGAGCCUUGAUCCAGGCAGCCAGUCAGGGAGCCCUUUCUCAAGAAUAUACCAAACUCUGUGCAUGGCUGGUGACAGAGCUUAAAUCGUUCAGCAAACUAGAAGAAAACGUGGAAGCUACUAACAGCCCUGCUGAAUCAAAAGGAUUCCAACUAGAAAUGAGCGGUCUUUUAACCGAAAUGAGCUGUCCAUAUGCCUGUCUAACAUCAGGAGAAGUUACAAAACGCCUCCUGGACAAAAGAAAUUGUCUUCUCCUGCUAACGUAUCUCAUUUCUGAACUCGAAGCUCCUAGAAAUCUUUGUGUUACUAUGCCUUCAAAGAAGGAGAAGGAUGGUGGUGGUAGUGAGGUAUUUGUCGAACUCAAGAGCAUAUGCAUGACACUGGGAAUGUCUAAACCUCCUGCCAACAUUACGAUGUUCCAAUUUUUUAGAGGAAUUGAAAAAAAGUUGAAGGAGACCUUUUUAAAAGUGCCACCUAAUCAUUUAGGAAAGCCCCUCUUAAGCAAGACAUUGGGCCCUUCUCAUUGGGAAAAAAUUGAAGCAAUUAACCAAGCCAUAUCCAAUGAAUAUGAACCACCUCCUCCAGAAAUGCCUCCCUGGCAGAAGAGAAAUGAUGGACCACCACAAGGAGGCAGCAGAGGGGGAGGAAGAGGUGGAUAUGAGCAGUCAUAUAGUGGCAGAGGAGGCUAUGACCAAGGUGGUGGAAGAGGAAGCUAUGACCACAGUGGUGGUGGAGGAAGCUAUGACCACAGUGGUGGGCGAGGAGGUUAUGACCACAGUGGUGGGCGAGGAGGUGGUCGUGGGAGUUAUGGCCAUGGUGGCAGAGGAGCUAGAGGAAGUAAAGUUCAAGGAGGCUGGACAGACGGUGGUGGUAGCAGUACAGGAGGCGGCUAUCAUGAUGGUGGUUAUCGAGAUUCUGGUGUUCAAACUGGCGGCUACCAAGGUGGAGGAGUAGGUUUCCAAGGUGGAUAUCAAGGAAGCAGUGGAGGAUAUGGUGGCUACCAAGGGUCAUCCUAUUCUGGAAGUGGAUACCAGGGUGGAGGUUAUCAACAAACAACAAUGACAGGGGAGGCAGCCGUGGAGGUGGGAGAGGGGGCCGUGGUGGUCGUGGUGGAAGAGGAGGACAAGGUGGAGGUUGGGGAUUACGAGGUGCCCAAAACUAUAACCAGGGUGGUCAGUUUGAGCAGCACUUUCAACACGGAGGUUAUCAGUAUAACCAGUCUGGCUUUGGACAAGGAAGACACUACACUAGCUGAGGUUGUUUAA